AUGUACUGUGUGGCUGUGCUUUUGACUCUUCAUGCAGUACCUUCAGAGCCACUUCUUAAAGGUCCCUCCUUGUCCAUGCAGCACAUGGUUUUGCACCCAACUGACCCUAACACAGAGAAGGACAGCAUGAUCAGUCCAAAAAAUCUCAUCAGAAUGGCAAGGAAGUGGCAGAAGGUGGCUGCCCUUGGAAGGAAAAGGAUCUCAUUACAAAGAUUCAAUAGGGGGGUGGAUGCAGACAGCUGUGGCACAUCAUCAGUGGCUGAUAAGGGCCAUUUUGUUGUUUACAGUUCUGAUAGACGACGUUUUAUGAUUCCUUUGGUGUAUCUUAACAAUGAAAUUUUUAGAGAGCUUUUCCAAAUGUCUGAGGAGGAGUUUGGAAUACAAAGUGAUGGCCCCAUCAUAUUGCCAUGUGAUUCAGUCUUUAUGGACUAUGUGAUCUCAUUCAUCCAACGUGGUAUUGGAAAAGAUUUGGAGAGAGCUUUGAUCAUGUCUAUGGCUUCCAGUAACUCCUCAUCCUCUUCAUACUUCCAUCAAGAGCAUAACAAUGAGCGAUUACUAUUAUGUGUCUUCUGA